AUGGACCACAUGAUACCAGACGACAACAAGGCUCCCAUGCGCGCCCGAACAUACUAUGUCAUAAGGCACUACCGUGUAUUUCUGGGCUCAAUCACCGCCAUCAUGCUCGCCUGUCUCGGUGAGCUUGCUUUGGGGAUCUACAUUUGCUCGACGUUGGUCCCAAGCGAUGCGUACUAUACUGCCGGAUACAUUUCGUCUCCAACUCGAAACAAGGCCAAAGCCAGAGCUGCUCUAGUCUUCUUCUGGUGUACCAUGCCUUUCGUACUUUCGGGGUGGAGCCUCUUUGAGGCGAUACUGAUGUUCAAGAAGCGUCUGUCCCCGACGUGGAUAGCGAGUUCGGCGACUCUGGCUUGUAUGCUUUGGAUUAUUCAGAUGUCGCUUGAAGGGGGUUGUGUGUGGACAUAUCCGGGCGAGAGCAUCAUGACCUCUGGCGGAGGGAUUUGUCCAAACGUAUUUGCGCCAGCCCUUGGCUGGAACGAUGGAUCAUUUGAUACGUACACGACGGCGUGGUAUACGCCCUAUUCUGUCAUUGCCGUGUUUUGUUUAUACGUUGUGUACUUCUCGGUCGGUUUGAGGGCGGUGGUGGUCGACAAGAGAGACCACAAGCAGGCGAGUGUGCCAUUGGUGCCGAAGGACUCGUCGUCGACGAACUCCAUUUCGACUUCACUUGUCGCGGAGACACUUGAUACAGAGAUGUUCUGUGCGAGCACUUCUGACGGCAAGGAACCGCCAAGCUAUGUUUCGAGCGAUGUUGCUUCGGCCGACUCAUACAAUCAUCUCAAAGUCGACAUCUUCGAAUCCCGACCUGCAUUCAAGGAAGAGGGUGCAGCAAUUGGUAUUGCCACAAAUGCUCUAAAAGCAUUGCAGGACAUCGACCCGGAGCUUUUGCAGUGCUUAGAUCGUGCCGGAGCGGUCGAAGAAAACGACUUGCGCGCCUUCAUAUCUUCGGGUGCGGAUUCUGGCGAGAUAUUUCACACGCAAUCCAGUCCGCCCGGGGAAAUUCUUGUCAAGAGCGUUGCAAGGGCGCCGUUUCUAAGUGAGAUCUUGAAGACUGUUCCCGAGUCAUGCAUGCACACGGCUAAACGCAUGAUCGAGAUCAAGCAGUCUGAGGACGAUUCCUAUACCAUCUAUUUCGAAGACGGCACAGAAGAGAAGUUCGAUAUUGUCUUUGGCACCGAUGGAAUUCAUAGCUCUGUCCGCAAGUAUGUGCUUGGAGAGGAUGAACCUAGCAGUAAAGCUGUUGGUGCCGGGUGGUGGUUCUACUUUGUGCUUGUCCCGAUGGAAGAGGCCAGAGCUAUUCUCGGUGAUUGGUAUCUCGACAAGCCUCGACAGCAGGUGUUUACUGGUCAUGGACACUUCACUCUGGUUGGCUGGACCAACGAUAAGACCUCCAUUUGGGGAGCCUGUGGAGCACGCAUGGAAGAAGGGUUUGAUAAGACCGCGUGGGAAGUAGAGAUGACAGAGGAGAAGUUCAACAAGCAUUUUGAGAAUGAUUCGGAGAUGAUUCACAACUUGGCUAAGUUGCUCUACAAGAGUGCUCCACCUGGUGUCUCUCCGUUCUGCAUGUUCCAUCAUCCUACGACGUCGACUUAUUUCAAAGGCCGUGUUGCAAUCGUGGGGGAUGCUGCCCACGCUCCGACUCCGUGGCAAGGCUCCGGUGGAGCGCAGUCUGCUGAGGACGCUGUGAUACUGUCCGCACUUCUAGCACGAAUCAGCAAGCGGGAGGAGAUCACUGCAGCACUGAAGGCAUACGACCAAAUUCGUAGACCACGCUGUCAGUCCAUUAUUGACUCCAGCUACGAGGUUGGACUACUCGCAACGGGCGUCAAACCAGGUGUGGAGCUCAAUGUUGAGAAACUCCGUGCAAAGAUGAAGCACAAGUGGGACCAUAUCCUGCCGUACGAUAUCACGACUGCAAAACCUUGGGCGUUGGAGGUUAUGGCAAGCUUGUUAUCACAGCAAGGCUGA